UGUGUAUUUAUCUAUUCAAUUUUCGCGCCAAUAACAAAUUCGUUUCUAUCAUCCACUUUCCCCCUUCAGAUUUCUCUCUCUACACUUGUAUCAUUGUAAUUUGUCCGUACCUGUACGUAUAUAUCAUCAUCAACGGCAGCAGCAUUAUUAUCAUUACAAUGCUGGAGAUCACCGCACUGAAACGCAUCCUCGCGAGCAACAAUCUGGUACGCCUCUUCUCCUUCAUAGUCCUCAUCUUCUUCGCUAAGUUCGCUUUCAUCCUCACCGUUAAUUCCGGCGAUUACGGCAUUUACUCCGGCGAUUACGUCACCUCCGCCGCCGAGAGAGCUCGAAUUCUGGAUUUUUACACCUCGGUGUUCGAAAAUUUGAUCGCCGAGCGGUUUAUCGACUCGCACUCGAAAUCUCUCUGUCUCGAGCCUGGCAGUAGAGAAGAGAUCAUCGCUUUGCGAGAUGUCGGAGUUGAAAACGCGAUCGGUGUGUCGAGAAAGCGAUCGCUACCGUUGAUUUUGCAAGGUACGGCUCUUCGCCAGCCGUUCGAUGAUGAUAGUUUUGAUUUUGUGUUUUCCGGUGUUUUCGUUCUCGAAAGAUCGAAUGAACCGGUUAGAUUUGCGUUAGAAGUGUCGAGAACGCUUAAACCUGGAGGCUUUUUCGUUGUUCAUACGAAGGCAAUUGAUUCGUAUAGUUUGAAUUCGUUGCUCGAGUUGUUUAAUUGGUGUAUUUUAAUUGAUUCGAGAGAGAUUAACGGUUUAGGUUUUUCGAGGAUUCGAGAAGUUAUUUUGAUGAAAGAGAGCGAAACUUUAGGUCAUGGUGAAAAUGAUGACAAGGAGGGCGAAUGCUAUGUUCAGCAUUAUAAACGAGAGUUAAUUCAAAAUUUAGAGCCGUUGAUUAGUGAAGAGCCGUUAAAACCUGGGGUUACGUUGAAAAAGAAUGUUAGAAAUAUUAGGUACGUGUCAUCGAUGGUUGAUAUCAGUUUUAAAAAUCGGUAUGUGUAUGUUGAUGUUGGAGCGAGGAGCUAUGGUUCGAGUAUUGGAGGUUGGUUUAAGAAAUUUUAUCCGAAACAGGAAAAAUCUUUUGACAUAUAUGCAAUUGAGGCGGAUAAGGCUUUCUAUAAGGAGUAUAAGUGGAAGAAAAGAGUUACUCUUUUGCCUUAUGCUGCUUGGGUGAGGAACGAGUCGUUGUUUUUUGAAAUUAAUCGCAAGGCGGUUAGGAAAAGUAAGGAGAAAGGUAUAGGGCUGGGGAAGGAUCAAGCAGUGCAAUCUACUUGGAAUUUUCUAAGCAACUUGGAUAGAAUAAAGGGGUUUGAUUUUGCAAAUUGGUUGAAGAAGACGGUGUCGAAAAGGGACUUUGUUGUGGUGAAAAUGGAUGUGGAGGGGGCUGAGUUUCAUUUGAUUCCAAAGUUGGUUGAAACCGGAGCAAUUUGUUUGAUUGAUGAGAUGUUUCUUGCAUGUCAUUACAAUAGAUGGAAGAGAUGUUGUCCGGGUCUGAGGAGUUCCCAGUACCGAAACACAUAUGCUCAAUGCUUCAACUUGUACUCGUCCUUGAGAGAGAAGGGGAUUCCUGUGCAUCAGUGGGUGAGUGGUAAUAAGUAACCAACAAUUUUAUCAAAUGUACAUAUGUCAGUAUCUUUCAUAUGUUGAGCUUGCCUGCUGUAACGAUGCAUACAUUAAAGAAAUGUUUCAGUUCUAGUGUUUGUUUUCGUUGGCUCCUUGGUUAGCUAUCAUAUACUAGAGUGAUGUUUGUUGAGCAGCCUUAGAGGUGCUCUUACUCUUAGAUCUGAUAAUCGAUUAGCUAUUUCGAGCCAUCAAGUUCCAAAUAUAAAAUCAGACAUGAUAAAGCUCAUACUCCCUCCUUCCCAUAUUAAUAGUCCACUUUGUCAAGAAAAAAUUUCCCAUAUUAUUUGUCCAUCUUCUUUGUCCAAUACAAAUUAUAACAAGUUUCAAUGUUAACAUUACUAGUUCACACAAUUUUCAUUAUUUACAAUGCAAACUAUAUUGACUUUUAAACAAAAUGAAUGAAAACUUAGUAGUAUAUUUGUAUAACCAAUGCAUGGCAAUGAUAACAACAUAUCACAUUUAAUACUUCUUAAUUUGUGUGAUUUGUGCAAAGUGGACAAUUAAAAUGGGAAGGAGGG